AUGGCGGGGCCGGCGGGGGCCUGGUCAGAGCCCGCCCCGGCGACCUCGGCCCGGAGCGUGCUGGGGGGCUACCGCGCCUACGCCCGCCGGUGGGUCUUCCUGCUGGUGAUCAGCCUGCUCGGCUGCUCCAACGCCACGCUGUGGCUCAGCUUUGCGCCCGUGGCUGGCACGAUCGCCCGGCACUUCCUCCUCUCCACUGAGCAGCUCAACUGGCUGUCACUGGUGUACCUCGUGGUGUCCAUCCCGUCCGGUGUGGUGGCCAUCUGGGUUCUGGACUCCAUUGGACUCCGCUGGGCGACCACCCUCGGCGCGUUCCUGAACUUCUUAGGGAGCGUGAUCCGCUCCAUGCCCAGCAUGGUUGUCGGCACCCAGGACCCGUUUGUCUUCCUCCUGGGUGGGCAGAGCAUCUGCGCCCUGGCCCAGACCCUGGUCAUCUUCUCUCCAGCCAAGCUGGCCGCCCUGUGGUUCCCUGAGCACCAGCGAGCCACAGCCAACAUGAUCGGCACCAUGUCAAAUCCCCUGGGUAUUCUGGUGGCCAACCUGCUGUCUCCCAUCCUGGUGAAGACGGAGGAGGACAUCCCCUUGAUGCUAGGCACCUACAUCCUCCCUGCCGGCCUCACAUUCUUGCUGGCCACUGCAUGCCUCUGGGAGAGUGUGCCCCCCACCCCGCCCUCUGUGGGGGCUGCCCAGUCCACCUCGCUGUCGUUCCUAGCCGGGCUGAAGCUGCUCACAAGGAACAAGGCCUACAUCAUCCUGGCUGUGUGCUUCGGGGGCGGCAUUGGCAUCUUCUCCAGCUUCUCAGCCCUCCUGGAGCAGGUCCUCUGUGUGAACGGCUACUCCAGCGAAUUUGCAGGCCUCUGUGGGGCUCUCUUCAUUGUGUUUGGAGUCUUGGGGGCAGUGGCUCUGGGCCUGUACGUGGACAGGACCAAGCACUUCAUUGAGGCCGUCAAGAUCGGCCUCUGCCUGGCGUCUCUGGCCUGCGUGGCCUUUGCGGUGGUGUCCCAGCUGCAGGGACAGGCCGCCGUGCUGGCCGCUGUCUGCUCGCUGCUGGGCUUCUUUGGCUUCGCGGUGGCGCCCGUUGCUAUGGAGCUGGCGGUCGAGUGCUCCUUCCCCGUGGGUGAGGGCGCAGCCGCGGGCCUGGUCUUCGUGCUGGGGCAGGCCGAGGGCGUUCUCAUCAUGGUGCUGCUGACUUCCCUGACCGUGCGCCACGCGGAGCCGUCUGUCUCCACCUGCCGGGAUGGCCAGGGCCCGCUGGACUGGAAGGUGCCCAUGCUGCUGAUGGCCGGCCUCUGCGUCCUCUUCAGCUGCCUCUUGGUGCUCCUCUUCCACACCCCGUACCGGCGCCUGCAGGCUGAGGCCGACGCCAGCCCCUCCAUUCAGGAGGACGAACGCCCAGCGACCGCAGCAGCCCUGGGCCAUGCGCCCUACCUGGCAGCCACGCCCUGAGGCUCCACCGCAGCACCCUGGCUCCCAGCAGCCCCUUCCUGGAACUGGUGCUCCUGGCCCUGCCUCCCUCCUCCUGGGAGCCCUCCAAGACAUCUC